UAAUGCAGCAGCAGCGGCAGCAAAACUGCAAAAGUGGGCAACGAACGAACGAUCGAUGAUGCUAUAAAUCAAUUCAGCUGCCCGUCGUUGGACGCCUCUUAAAUCAAUUCGAAACAUUCCAAAUCUGUUGGUUCAUGUCGCUGUUGGGCGGAUCCAUCUCUUUACACGGCGAUUGAUUGAUUAUAUAUGUACGACGAUUCGCCAUAUUUAUGACGUUUAGGAGUUGUUGAGAGAAUUCUCCUCUCUUGCUAGCCUUCUUCCCAGUCGAGUGCGGUGCGGUUCGUUCACUGCAAAUGAGUAGUGGCGGCGGUUCUAGGGUUCCAAUCCCCGGGGACAUUCGGCGGGUGAUCCGAGACAUCAAGGAGAUCGCUGCCAGGCACAGUGACGACGAUGUGUACGCAAUGCUCCAGGAGUGCAACAUGGAUCCCGACGAGACCGCUCAGAGGCUCUUGUAUCUCGACACAUUUCAUGAGGUAAAAAAGAAACGUGAUCGGAGAAUAAUGGAUGUAAAGAGCAAAGACACUGAAGAAUACAGGUUGAUGAGAGGGACACAUGGAGGAGGUGUUAGAGGUGGUCAAGGGAACUAUUCUUCUUCUUAUAUCUCUCAUCGUGGUGGUGGAGGAAGGAAUAAGGGUGCUCAAAAGGAAAAUGGAGUUGGUGACUCCAUGAAGAGAGGUUCUAAAACUGACUCUCUGACAGCUCCAGCGGAAACAGAAAAAAGUAUGGACCUUCUUGGUACAAGCUCUUCAAAAGUUGCAGUCAAUGGGGUUGCAAGUUUACCUAAUACACAUGCCAGCCAUGAAUCUGGACUGAAAUUGUCUGCAGAUUCUGUGGUGGUGCCACCUUACAACCCCCAAAUCCCUGGUGUUGAGACAAUCAGAAAAGAAGUGAAUGGCCAAAGGAUUGCUGCUGAAUCUUGUGCCAGUAACCUCUCUAGGAUUUCAAAUACUGCUCAUGAUGUUGUGAGUAAUUUUAAAACAGCGUCUGGAGACGUGGCAUUUACGGAAAAAGUACCAAUAGAACUCCAGAUGGUUGAAAAGAAUCAGACUUCAGAGGAGUCUCAAUCAUCAUCUGUGACUACCCGUCAUGGUUAUUUGGAAGUCAUUUCUGUCCAAAAUGGUCAGUCAUCCCGAGAACUAACGGGUCCUUCCAGAGGUGUUAAUUUUCUCAAUCCCUCAACUGCAGUUGCAUCUGUGGUUAUAACCAAGAAAGUGGAAGCUGGUUCUCAGUCAAUUCAUGAACAGAAUGAUGUUAUAGAUGAAGCGAAUUCAAAGCUUGAUAUGAAGCUAGCAAAGUUAAAUAUUUCUUCUCAUCGGCCUGUUAUUUUUCCUGAUCAUCUCCAAGUCCCUGAAGAUAUAAAGAAUGGUCUGAUUUUUGGAAGUUUGUUUGCUACUUCUGAAGUGGGUGUGAAACGUGUAGAGGAGACUGAUGACAGGAAGGGUUCUGUGCCUGCUAUUGAUUUGCUUCAGGAGAAUGACAAGGCUGUUUCAGAGACUCCUCUGAGUAAUCCAAGUGUAUCCUCAACUGCUCAAGAAGUAGAUUCUCCUGAUAAUCCACAUUCUCUGUUACAUGCACCUGGAAAAUUGUCAAAUUUGGAAGAGAAUGUUUCAUUGGGUCCUGCUCCAACAUUUGAUCAUCCAAAACAAGAGACUUUGUUUCCUAGAGGAGGGCCUCAGUACCCCUUUGUUCACACUAAUCUAGACUACAGCUUCCCGUUGGUUCAGCCAAUGUUAGGGAGCCGGAUUGUACAAUGUCAAGGAACUGAGCCUCAGAGUGGGAAUUCGCUGGUUUCAUCUACAUCAGGUUCAAUGACAACUUCUAACCGACCUUUGGGUGUUGGACUGAGUUCUACAGCUGCAUCUCCGCCACCAUUUCCUGUUUUACGGCAACCUUAUCCUCCCUAUUACUUACCAAUUAGCCCCUAUUUCCCCCCAUUUUAUUUCCCCCCAAAUGCGCAUCAAUUUUUAGGUCACAGUGGGUUUCUUCAGCAGCCUUUGACAGGAAAUGCAUAUCUAUCUCCAGUGCUUCCACAGGGCAAGCCAGGAAUUAGUUCUGGAAAUCCGACCCAAUUAGGAGUUCCAUUUUCUUGUGGUUCUUAUGGCCCUAGUCUGCCUGUGAUUUCUGGAAGUUCUGGUGGUAAUGAAGAUCGUGUGGCUUCUGAGUUGAAGCAAAGCAGCAUUCGCCCAACUUUCCAACAGGCUGGGUAUAUUCCAUUUCCUGGAAUUUAUCAUCCAUCACAGACGACGGUUUCUCCCCAAACUAAUCGUCCACUUCUGCAACAGUCUCCGGCUGCGGCCGGGUCCAUCAAAACAGCAGGGCCCCAACCGGGGGCUUAUCAGCUGCCUCAGCAUGCGGCCAAUAGGAACUCUGGUUGAUACUGUUGUCCAUUAUGCAAGUGUUCAGUGAGGAAAAAGCAUGUGGGAAGAUAUGAUGCUUAAUGCCCGAAUUGAGUGUAAAUACGAAUGAUGGCCCUGAAAAUUUUAGGGACACUCAUUUGAUAGUAGCGAUACAAGAAACAUUCACCGGUCAUUUCAUGUUGCGACAAACUUUUUAAGUUUAUAGAUUUAAGGUUAAUAGUUAUUUUCUUUUUCUUUUCUUUUUUUUGUCCUUUUUUGGUGGUAAAAAAGGGUUAGCUGUUUUUGUGUCCUUGUUUGAGUCAUAGGAAAGAACUUUGCUAAAGAGGAUGACCGAGACUUGUCAUGUAUCACCUGUAUAUCCGAAUUUUGGUAGCCGUAAUUGAUGGUUGACGUUGUUGUAA